AUGGUGAUAUAUCUAGAAAGGACGAGUCAAAAGCCUAUGGAUAAUGUUUACCUACAAUACGAGAUUCUGAUAGCUAUAUCUAGGCGAGAACGUUUGAAACUUUUGAGUGAUGAUAUUAAGAAGUUGCUUUUGGAUGUGAAGCAGAAAUUAUUGGUUCCUAUUGAUGAGAAAAGCUCAAAGAAGAAGAAGCAGAAGAAGAAUAAGAAGAAGAUAGGGUUAGAGAAAUUUUUGAUUGAGAUUAUUCAACAAGAUGCUCUGGUGAUGGUAUUGCAUGCACACGCCCAUCCCUCUCGGAUAGCCGGUGCUUUCAAGUCUUUGUUGGUCUUUGUAGGAUAA